AGGGACAUCCGGGACCCCGAAGCACCCGCGUGAAACACGGAGGACAGUCCGCGCGGUCACUCACCUCGCUGACGCUGCCGGACGGCUUGGCCCGCUCGGGAGCUGAGGUUAUGGAUAUCCGCGCAGUUAACACCCUCUCUUACGAGGAAUUCGUGGAUAUUUUCGGCAAUGUUGUUGAGAGGUGUCCCCUCAUCGCUGCGGCGGUGUGGAGCCGACGGCCCUUUUCAACUUUCCCCGACUUGGAAGCCAGCAUAGCGGAGUUCAUCGACAACCUCCCAGUCUCGGGGCAGGAGGGUAUACUGAGGUGCCACCCUGACCUCGCUGGGCGAGACCUCUUCAGCGGCAGUCUGACCCCCGAAUCCCGCGGAGAGCAAACGCAGGCAGGCUUGGCCUCGCUAACCCCGGCCGAGGAAAGCCGCAUGCGCCGGCUCAACGCGGAGUACAAGGACCGGUUCGGGUUUCCGUUCGUCAUCUGCGCCCGCAUGAACGACAGGGAGAGCAUCGUCCAGCGGCUGAGCGAGCGGCUCGGCAGCGACCCGGCGGAGGAGCUCAGGCGAGCCGUGGAGGAGGUGAAGAAGAUCUGCCACCUGAGACUCCGGGACAUCGCCAGCAGGCCCCGGGAUCGCAACAAGCUGUAGAGCACACUUUGGAGCUCCGGCCCUCAGCGAGUGUCGGGAAGCACACUUGAAAAACGCCAUAAAGCUGUAAUUAUUAAUCAAUAUCGGAGGGAGAUGGCUUACAGAAACCAAACGUUAAACCCCAUUCUCAAGCAGUGGAGUAUACACAUUCAGACUCGUGAUCAUUUCAGAAUAUACUUUCAGUGCACCAAAAACUGGCUUACUAAAUGCAUCCAUUCCACACUGUUGCAGAGAAUGUGUUUCAGGAUAUGUGGUUUUAAAGUGUGUACCGCUGAAGAAAAUAUACUGAUUCCUAACAAUU